CACUUUUCAUAUUAUAGAAAUAGAAGAAGAAUGUUUGUCAAUGUCACGUGAUCUGUGUUCAAUUAAUUACAAUUCUGGUUCAAAUAACUUAUUGACUUAAUUUUAUAUAAUCCAGACAGAAUGGUUAUUGAACCAGCAGUAAUUAAGAACGAAAUCGAAAUGGAGGAUGAUAUUAUUUGGAAUACGAAUGUAAAACAAGAAUUUAGUGAUGAAAUGCCCUAUGCCGCUUCUCAAAAUGUAAAUAUAAGUAGUAUGCAUCUUGUUAAACAAGAAAUAAGUAACAAUCUAAACACGGAUCAAGUAUUUGAAGAAUCUGUAGGCGCUGCAAAAACAGAGGGAUGUACUAAUGUGGUUGAUGAACCUAAAAUUCCAAACAAAUUGGAAUAUUUCAGAAUAAAAACUGGAAAGCGAAUUAAAUCACAGGUGUUGCUAAAAAAUGGAAAACAUCUGAAUCUGAAUAUGAUUGAUGGGAUUAUAAUCUGUGAGUUGUGUGGUAAUUUACACACGAAACAAAUGGAAUUCCUUUGGCACUUUUCUAGUCAUUGUAUGAAUCAGAAAUUUUACCAGAAAAAUAAAUCUUGUCAAAAAAAGCCAACAACAGACACUGUUGUUAAUAGAAAUCUUGAUGAGAAUGUUAAAAAUGAAAUUGAAAUGAUUGAAGAUGGUUGUAGGAAGAAAGAAGAUAUUAGAUUUGCUGAUAAUUUUGAGUUAAGUUUAGAAGGUCAGAAAUUGGAAAAAAAUGAUAUAAAUGGAUAUUUGUCUGCUCGUAAUGGAAGAAAGCCAUUCAAAUGUGGCAUUUGUUUAAAAGCUUUUGCACAGAAAAAUGUUUUGAAGAGACAUUUGCGUACUCAUACAGGGGAAAAACCUUUUAAAUGUGCCAUUUGUUUAAAAGCUUUUGCACAGAAAAUUGUUUUGAAGAGACAUUUGCGUACUCACACAGGAGAAAAGCCAUUCAAAUGUGGAUUAUGUUUAAAAACUUUUACACAGAAGAGUGGUUUGAGGGCACAUUCGCACAGUCAUACAGGAGAAAAAGCUUUUAAAUGUGAAAUUUGUUUAAAUGCUUUUUCAAUGAAAAGUCAUUUGAAUAGACAUUUGCGUAAUCAUUCAGGAGAAAAGCCAUUCAAGUGUGAAAUUUGUUUGAAAGCUUUUUCACAUAAGUAUAAGAUGAAAAGACAUUCGCGUAUACAUACAAGGGUAAAGAAAUACAAAUGUGAGAUUUGUUUAAAAACUUUCUCCAAGAAAAGUAAUUUGAAAUCACAUUUGCUCACACACAAAGGAGAAAAGCCAUUCAAGUGUGAAAUUUGUUUAAAAGUCUUUUCACGGAAAGGUAAUUUGAAUAUACAUUUGCUUAGUCACACACAAGUAAAAUCUUUUAAAUGUGAAAUUUGUUUGAGAGCUUUUUCACAGGAACACAAUUUGAUUAUGCAUUUGCAGAGCCAUAGGAUAGAAAAGAUAUUCCAAUGUGACAUUUGUUUAAAAACUUUUAUAGAUAGCAGUAAUUUGAAGAGACAUUUGCGUAGUCAUACAGGAGAGAAACCUUUUGAAUGCUAUAUUUGUUUAAAAGCUUUUUCACAGAAAAGUCAUUUGAAUGAUCAUUUGCGUAGUCACACUGGAGAAAAGCCAUUUAAGUGCGAAAUUUGCUUAAAAGCUUUUUCACAGAAAAGUCAUUUAAAUUAUCAUGUGCGUAUACAUACAGGGGAAAAGAACUUCAAAUGUGAUAUUUGUUCGGAAACCUUCUCACAUAAAAUUAGUUUAAAUUCACACAUGCAUAAUCACACAGGAGAAAAGCCAUUCAAAUGUGACAUUUGUUCGAAAACCUUUUCACAGAAAUGUCAUUUGAAACAACAUUUGCUGCUUCAUACAGGAGAAAAGCCAUACAAAUGUGACUUUUGCUUGAAAACUUUUUCUCAGAAGUGCAGUAUGAAAAAACAUUUACUGCAUCAUACAUUGAAUUUGAAAUAUAAACCAUACAGAAUGGAUAUCAAGCCAACAGUAAUUAAGGAAGAAAUCGAAAUUCACGAUGAUUUUAUUUGGAAUACGUAUGUAAAACAAGAAUUUAGUGAUGAAAUGCCCUAUGCCGCUUCUCAAAAUGUAAAUAUAAGUAAUAUGCAUCUUGUUAAACAAGAAAUGAGUGACGAUCUAAACACAGAUCAAGUAGUUAAAGAAUCUAUGGUCGCCACAAAAACAAAGGAAUGUACUGAUAUGGUUGAUAAACUUAAAAUUCCAAACAAAUUGCAAUAUUUCAGAAUAAAAACUGGAAAACCAAUUAAAUUACGAGAGUUGUUAAAAAAUGGAAAACAUCUGAAUCUGAAUGCGAUUGAUGGGAUUAUAAUCUGUGAGUUGUGUGGAAAUUUACACACAAAACAAAUGGAAUUCUUUUGGCACUUUUCUACAAGUCAUUAUAUAAUAGAAAAAUUUUACCAGAAAAAUAACUGUUGUCAAAAAAGGCCAAAAACAGACACUGCUGUUAACAGAAAAGUUGAUGAAAAUGUUAAAAAUGAAAUUGAAAUAAUUGAAGAUAGUUGGAAAAAGGAAGAAGAUAUUAGUUUUACUGAUAAUUUUGUGUCAAGUUUUAAUGAAGGUCAGAUAAUGGAAAAGAGUGAUUUAAAUGGAGAUUUAUAUGCUCUCAAUGGAAGGGAACCAUUCAAUUGUGACAUCUGUUUAAAAGCUUUUUCACACAAGUAUAAGCUGAAAAUACAUUCGCGGAUACAUACAGGGGAAAAAAAAAUUAAAUGUGAUAUUUGUUUAAAAACUUUUUCGCAGAAAAGUAAUUUGGAUUCGCAUUUGCUUACGCAUACAGGAAAAAAGCCAUUCAAGUGCAAAAUUUGUUCAAAAACUUUUUCAUAUAAAGUUAGUUUGAAUUUACAUAUGCAUAAUCACACUGGCGAAAAACCAUUCAAAUGUGAAAUUUGUUCAAAAACCUUUUUACAGAAAUGCAAUAUGAAACAACAUUUGCUACUUCAUACAGGAGAAAAGCCAUACAAAUGUGAAGUUUGCUCCAAAACCUUUUCACAGAAAUGCAAUAUGAAACAACACUUGUUGCUGCAUACAGGAGAAAAGCCAUUCAAAUGUGAGAUUUGUCUCAAAACUUUCUCAUAUAAAAUUAGUUUGAAUACACAUUUGCUUACGCACACAGGAGAAAAGUCAUUUAAAUGCGAAAUUUGCUUAAAAGCUUUUUCAACAAAAAGUAAUUUAAAUACACAUUUGCAUAGUCAUACAGGAGAAAAACCUUUUAAAUGUGAAAUUUGUUCAAAAACUUUUUCGAAGAAAAGUCAUCUGAGUAUACAUUUGCAUAGACAUUCAGGAGAAACGAAAUUUAAAUGUGAGAUCUGUUCAAAAACUUUUUUACUGAAAAUUAAUUUGAAAUCACACUUGCUUAAGCACACAGGAGAAAAGCCACACAAAUGUGAAAUUUGUUUAAAAACUUUUUCACAUAAAAUUAGUUUGACUUCACACAUGUAUAAUCACACAGGUGAAAAACCAUUCAAAUGUGACAUUUGCUCAAAAACCUUCUCACAGAAAUGCAAUAUGAAACAGCAUUUGUUGCUUCAUACAGGUGAAAAACCAUUCAAAUGUGAAAUUUGUUCGAAAACCUUUGUGCAAAAAUCUAAUUUAAAUACACAUCUAUGUAGUCAUGUAGAUGAAAAACCAAUAAAUGUGAAAUUUGUUUGAA